ACGGAUAAUAAUUAUUAUUAAUAAAAAAUAAAGUUGAGAGCAAAAAUAGUUGGAAUUUAUUUUUUUAAUUGCAUAAAAUAUGCUUGAAGUACUUGCAAAAAAUUUAGACAAGCCACCUGAUAACAAUGGUGGACCCACCAAAAAUAAUGUUAACGGAAAUAAUGAAAACACUGAUGGAAGUAAUACUGCAAAUCCCAAUGAUAAAGUUAAAGCAUGGAAGAAAGCAGCUUUAAUGACAAAAACUUUAAAUGCAUUCAAAGAUAAUGUAUCAAUAGCACCGAGUGAGGCACCUUCUGAAUUUGAUACAAGAAAAAUUAUCAAAUACGGUACUACAUAUCAAGCGGCAUGGGGUAUUUUCUCAGAAUAUUGCAGUAAUAGUACAAUACAUGGUGUACGUUAUUUAGGCGAAUCUAAACGUCCAUGGUUAGAAAGAUUAUUUUGGGUAUUUGUUUUUGCAUUUUCAAUUUAUUUAUGUAGCCGUUUAACAAUGAAUAUAUGGGAUAAAUGGACACUUAAUCCAGUUAUAGUUAGUUUUGCUGAAAAAUCAACACCUGUUUGGCAAAUACCAUUUCCAGCUGUAACAGUAUGUCCAGAAACGAAAGCACGACGAAGUGUUUUUAAUUUCACUGAUGUUUAUUAUAAAAUUGCCUAUGAAAUGGGCAAUGUAACUGAAAAUGAAGAAUAUUACAUGAAAGCGAUAUCACAAAUAUGUGAUACACAUUUAUUUGAAAAUUUUGGAUAUGGACCAGAACAUGCUAAUGCAUCUUCUAUACUUGAAGCCUUAGAAAGUUCAAAACCUAAAUUUAAUGAAACUUAUUUUGUUUGUAAAUGGCGUAAUCGUUUAGGUUGUAGUGAUAUGUUUUUCAAAGUUUUAACAGAAGAAGGAAUUUGUUACAGUUUUAAUACACUAGAUGCUGAAGAUAUUUACAGAACUGAAGAAACUGAUCAUGAUUUAUUCUUGCAAUAUGAACAACAAGUUGAUAAUUAUGCUAUUGGUUUAAAAGAAGAAGGAAUUGAUGUACCAUCAGAAUUACAAAAUAUAACAAAAAGAAAUUUAUCCACAAUAUGGAAUUUAGAAGACGGUUAUGGUCCGAAUGCCGGUAGUGAAGCAUUUCCAGAACGUGUUUUAGGUGCUGGUGCAAGAGCUGGCCUAUUUUUAGUUUUAAAUGGUUUUAAGCAAGAUUAUGAUCAAAUAUGUCGUGGUCCAGUUCAAGGGUUUAAGAUUUUACUUCAUACACCUGGUGAGAUUCCACAAGUAUCAAAGCAAUAUUUUCGAAUACCAUUCAAUCAAGAGGUUUUAAUUUCAAUUAAACCUAAAAUUAUAACAACUUCGGAUGGAUUAAAACAUUAUCAUCCACAAAUACGGCAAUGCUAUUUCCAAAGAGAAAGAAAUUUAGCAUAUUUCAAAUUGUACACACAAAGUAAUUGUGAAUUGGAAUGUUUGGCUAAUUAUACUUAUUCACAAUGUGGUUGUGUUAAAUUUUCAAUGCCAAGGAAUACAUCUAUUCCAGUAUGCGGAUCACAAAAGAUUGAUUGUUAUAAUCAAGCAGAAGACGCACUUUUAAAAAAUGAAUUUGAACAAGGUUUAAAAACGUCAAAGGAGAAUUAUAGAGGUGAAACAGAUUGUAAUUGUUUGCCAGCUUGUACAUCGAUUGCUUAUGAAGCAGAAAUUUCCCAAGCUGAUUAUGAUUUUGUAUCACAAUUUGAGGCAUACAUGUCAUCGUCUUAUCUGGAUGAUCAUCCAGGUACUCAAAUGGCAAGAUUAUCGAUAUUUUUCAAAGAAGCACAAUUUUUAACAUCAAAACGUUCUGAAUUAUACGGUACCACAGAUUUUCUUGCCAAUUGUGGAGGUUUACUUGGUCUAUUUAUGGGGGUUUCAGCAUUAAGUAUCAUCGAAUUAGUUUACUUCUGUACUGUUCGUUUAAUUACAAAUCUAAAAAUGAGAAGUCGUAAAAUGAAACAAUUGAAAACAAUUACAGAACUUGGAAUUGCACCUGCAAUUAUUAUUUCAGAUGAUAAAUAAGCUAAACUAAUAAUGGCUAAAAGGCUAAAAUUGAAUCUGCAUAUUUUUUAUGUAAAUUUUAUCAAACUCUAUAAAAAGUUUAAAUCCGAGUGAAAAAAGGGCGACUUAAUUUUUUUAAUAUUAUCUAUAAAUUUUAUAA